AUGUCUAAGACUAAGUCUGCUACCAAGAAGGGUGGCGAGAAGGUCGUUGAUAAGUCCCUGAGCAAGGUCAAGGAUGCUGGUGUGACUAAGGUCUCCCAGUCUCCUAAGGCUAAGAGCAAGCAGAUCGCUCGAGAGAUCGCCAGCAAGGAGAAGUCCAAGAGCAAGAAGAAGAAGGAGCCUACUCCCAGCAGCAGCUCUGAGUCCGACAGCGACGAGGAGAUGGACUCUAGCUCCAGCAGCGAGAGCGAGAGCGAGAGCGAGGAGGAGAAGAAGGCUGCUAAGGAGGUGAAGAAGGUGGACGAGAAGAAGAAGAAGGCCCCUACUCCUUCUGAAUCCGAAUCGGACUCUUCUGAUAGCGAUGAGGACAUGGAGGAUGCUUCCAGCAGUGAGAGCGAGAGCGAGGACGAGAAGAAGCCCGCUAAGAAGGCCGAAGAGCCCAAGAAGACUGAGAAGAAGGCUAAGAAGGAAGAGUCUUCCUCCGAGUCUUCUGACUCUGAGUCCGAGUCUGAAGAGGAGAAGUCCGAGUUUGAAGAGGAGAAGGCCCCCAAGAAGGAUAUUAAGGUUGUCAAGGCUUCUAAAGCUAAGGCUGCUGAGUCCUCUGACUCCGAGUCGGAAUCGGAGUCCGAGUCUGGAUUGUCUGACGAGAAGGAGGCCCCCAAGAAGGCCAAGAAUGACUCCAGCGACAGCGAGGAGUCCGACUCUGACUCCGACUCCGACAGCGAGGUUCCUGCUAAUGCUAAGAAGGCUGAGAAGUCUUCUGAAGAAUCAGACUCAUCCGAAGAGUCUGGUUCUGAUAACUCGUCCGACUCUUCCGACUCUGAGACCGAAGAGAGUGAGGAACCGGCCAAAGCCUCCAAGAAGCGCAAGGCUGAGGAGGACCAUUCCGCUACUCCGAAGAAGUCCAAGACUGAAGAGCCCGCUAGCGGUGUAUCUGCCAACCUUUUCAUUGGCAACCUGUCUUGGAACGUGGACGAGGAUUGGCUCCAGCGCGAGUUUGAGAGCUUUGGUGAGCUUUCUGGUGUGCGAAUCAUGACCGAGCGUGACACUGGCCGUUCUCGCGGAUUCGGAUACGUCGAGUUUGCCAACAGUGUUGAUGCUGCCAAGGCCUUCGAAGCUAUGAAGGGCACCGAGAUCGAUGGCCGGACGAUCAACCUGGAUUACGCUACCGGACGCCCUGCCAACAACCAGGCGGGUGGUAAGGACCGGGCUCAGGCUCGUGCUCGUUCUUUCGGUGACCAGGCCAGCCCUGAAAGCGAUACGCUGUUCGUGGGCAACCUCCCCUUCGGUGCCACGGAGGACUCGAUCCACGAGGUGUUUGGCGAAAAGGGAACCAUUCUGGGCAUCCGCCUGCCGACCGACCCGGAAUCGGGGCGUCCCAAGGGAUUCGGAUACGUCCAGUACUCGUCGGUGGAUGAAGCCCGCCAGGCCUUGAGUGAACUGAGCGGCGUGGAGGUGAGCGGCCGUCCGGUGCGUCUGGACUUCACCACUCCCCGUGCCAACAACAACGGCGGUGGCGGUCGCGGCGGCUUUGGUGGUCGUGGCGGCGGCCGUGGUCGCGGUGGUGACCGUGGAGGUCGCGGUCGCGGUGGCUUCGGCGGACGCGGUGGUAGCGGUGCUCCCAACCGGGGUCGGGGAUCGAUCCCGGAGUACAAGGGCACCAAGGUGACUUUCUAA